AUGUUAAAAGCAGAAGAUCUAGAACAGCAGCAACCAGAAGAAAAGAACCUAGCAGCAAUUGUCGAAACGACAACUGUGGAAAAUAUAGCAACGAAUGAUCGCGGCGAACCACAGUCACCCCCUUCAUAUUCAUUACCAGCACCAUCCAGCCCGAAACAUCACCAGCAGAAACGAUGUUUGAAAUUUGAUAUGUCUAGUAAAAUACAAAUAAUUUCGAACAACCGUCAAGGACAACUCAAUACAGCAUUCCUUGCUACCGUUCCGGGCGUCUUAAAAAUUGCCGAAAUUGUUUUAUCGUUUAUGUCAUUCAUAUUGGCAAUUUGUGCAGACCGUAGUGCUACGACUGCAGCUUGGACUGAGAAUAUCUCAUUCUCAGUUACAGUCGUCAUUUCUGGACUGCUAAUCGGUUAUGUCUGUUUCCCACAUUUGACAAUCAAGGAUGAACUGACCAGAGAAGGACUUAUCAUCGCGGAGCUUAUAUUCUACGGUACCUCAGCACUAUUAUUCUUCAUAGCAAUAUGGCUUAUGGUACAUCUUUCGGCAGGUUCGAUAACUUAUGGACGUGGUUCUGCUAUCAUGGACGCAAUAAUAUGUGUUGCACUGACAAUACUCUUCGGUAUUGAAACAUUUGUUAAACUGGCAGCAUGGCGAUGCGAAAAUGAACCCACAUCCCGAAUCAUGCAAACAACUAGGCCGGCAACCGAAUCAAGUCGAUAUUACGAGUCAAAUGAAGUAUUACAAAGGAAUCAGGGAUCUGAAAUGGCAUGA